CGCGUCGCAUCAAGUGACUACUGGGAGUUUAGCUAAUCGAUGGAGGCAGCUAUCGUGGUAAGCGUUUCCAUGGGGGUGGUGAACCCCGUCUUGGAAAAGCUCACCGUGCUCAUGGGCGACAAGUACAAGAAAAUCAAGGGUCUAGAGGAGAAGGUGUCCUCCCUCAAGCGUGAGCUCAGCUACAUGAAUUCCGUCCUUGAGAAGAUGGAGCAGGACGCCGACAAACUCGACCAGCAGGACAAGAUUUGGAGGAAAGAUGUAAUAGAGAUGUCCUACGACAUCGAAGAUUAUAUUGACGACUUCAUUCACCAUUUUGGUGAAGACGGCGACAAGGUGGGCAUGGGGAUCCUCCAGAAAGCUUAUCGCUACCUGAGAACUUUCAAGGAUCGUCAUCGCCUAGUAAAUCAGUUCCAGGAGAUCGAGAAUCAAGUGAUGCAAGUAAGCAAACGCCGGAAGAGGUACAAGCUUGAUCAGUGCAUCUCAAUUACUACCCCUGUAAUUGUUGAUCCUCGCUUGUCAGCGUUCUACAAGGAGUCGGCAAGCCUUGUGGGCAUUGACACCCAGAAGGAAGAGCUUGUCAAAUGGGUAAUGGAUGAAGGGCAACAGUUGAAGGUGGUCUCGAUUGUAGGGUUCGGAGGUUUGGGCAAGACCACGCUUGCCAACGAGGUGUAUCGCGAAGUAAGCGGGAAAUUCGACUGCAAGGCGUUUGUGUCCAUUUCUCAAAAACCAGACAUGAGAAUGAUACUCAACAGUGUGCUAAAGCAACUUGGGCUACAGACAUAUUCUUAUGCUUGCGGGGAGAAAGACCUCAUCGACGACCUCUGUGGACAUCUACAGGAGAAGAGGUACUUCAUCGUAGUUGAUGAUUUGUGGGAUAUACAAGCAUGGAAUACCAUCGGGUGCGUUUUCCUAAAAAAUAAUCUCCGUAGCAGAGUAAUGAUAACUACACGAGAUGAGGAUGUCGCUAGAGCAUGUUACGACAACCACGGAUGCAUUCAUAAUAUGAGGCGCCUAAGUGAGCAAGACUCAAGAAAAUUAUUCUUUAAUAGAAUAUUUGGAUCUGAAGAAGAUGCUUGCCCUUCUCAGUUCGAAGUAGUUUCAUGUGAAAUUUUGAAGAAGUGCGGUGGCCUACCGCUUGCAAUUAUUACUGUUGCUAGUAUUUUAGCUUGCCACCAAAACCACAAAAUACUGAAGGAGCAUUGGGAACAACACACGAAACUGAAGGAGCUAUGGGAGUACAUACAAAAAUGUCUUGCCACUAAUGAGUUUGAAAAGGAAUCUGCCUUGAAGGACAUGAUAAAUAUCUUAGACCUCAGCUACAAAUAUCUACCCCAUCAUCUAAAGGCAUGCUUUUUGUAUCUUGGUAGUUACCCAGAGGAUCACGAAAUUAGCAGGGUUGAGCUAGUUAGACGAUGGGUGGCAGAAGGUUUUGUGAGUAUCUCUAAAGAGUGGGAUGUAUGGGAUGUCGCAGAGAGCUAUUUCAACGAGCUGGUCAAUAGGAGCAUGAUUCAACCUGUAUAUGAGGAUCACUUUGGUAUUGAGGAGCUAGUAGGCUGCAGAGUACAUGAUAUGAUGCUUGAUCUGAUCAGAAGUAAGUGUGAAGAAUAUAAUUUUGUUAGUGUGGUGCAUGGUCUUCAAGCCAUGGGAAAAGUGCAAGACAAUGUGCGCCGACUCUCUGUCGAUUUGAGUGGUGGAGAGGAUGCCACAAUGCCUGAGCCCGCUACUGGCCACUUAUCAAAAGUUCGUUCCCUUGCCAUCUCUAGAGGAUCAAAGUGGAAACCUCCUCUAGUGGAGUUUAAGUUUCUCCGGGUGCUCUUCCUUCAAUUAUCUUUUCCUGAGCAAGAAACGGCAAGGGACCUUACUGCUAUCAGCCAAUUGUCACAUGUGAAAUAUUUAAAGAUCGAAGGGAUGUACAAUGGGUACGAGGACUCCGUAAUGUUACCUGCUAAGAUUAGUGGGCUGCGACAAUUGCAGACUCUAGAAAUAAUUGACAUCCCAGUUUCCAACAUUCCAUCAGACAUCGUUGACUUGCCCUGCUUGUCCCAUCUAGACCUGACAUCUCAUGAGAAUCCCUGCUUGCCGGACGGGAUUGGCAAGAUGAAAUGGCUGCGCACUCUGAGUUGCCUCAGUCUGCGGAAGAGCACACCGGAGAAUAUUAAGGGCAUCAGUGAGCUAACCAAUCUGGCAGAGCUGAACCUCAACUGUAAAAGAGAAGAAUCGGGAUGUGUGCCGACGGCGACAUGGAUGGCUGCUUUGAGCUCUUCCCUGGAGAAGCUCAGUAACCUCAAGUGUCUUUUAUUGUGGUCUUCUCGUAAUGCCUUCUGCGCUGAUGCUAUGAGCUCGUUUUCACCUCCAUUCCGCAACAUUGAGAAACUUUAUCUGAGAGCAUUGACCCUCCCUAGAGUUCCCAGGUGGAUCAGCGAUCUCCGUAGCCUCCGCGCCCUAGAUCUUGGGGUGAAGGAGAUAACCUGCGAAGAUGUAGUUGGCAUCAUUGGGACGCUACCUGUCCUCGCCAGGCUCCACCUGCGGAUCCCUGGCGUCCCGGCAGAAAGGAUUGUGAUAGGCUCCACAGUCUUCACGGUUCUCAAAUGGUUUGGUUUCGAUUGUGAUGGGGCAUCGUGCAUUACAUUUGAGGCAGGGGCUAUGCCCAACCUUCGGAACUUCUUGUUACGAAUCAAUCCGCGUGAAUGGGACAACGCUACACCUGUCGGUCUGGAGCACCUCUCAAGCCUAAAGGAAAUCUAUGUAGUCUCCGUACUCUCUGGAAACCGAGACUCCAUUUCUGAGGCCGAUCCCGAGCCGCUCUUGAAGGUCUUCCAGGAAGCUGCUGACGCUCUACCGAGUCGCCCAGCAUUUGGGAGCCACCGCUCUUGGAUAAGACCGGAAGAGGAGGAGUAGAAGUCUCUAGAGGAUGGAUGGAUGAAUGGGAACCAAGUGCGGCGCGGUGCAGACUCUGCAGAUCAUCGAUUGGUGCCUUGGUUCACCGUCUGCGCAGCCUAGCCUUUCAUUUCAUUUAUGUUUUCCUUGCUCCUGGAGAAUGACACUCCGUUGUCUGAAGAUCCGAGUGUUUGAUCCACGCUCACCACAAUUUUCUUCUUUUUUACAUGAUUCUCUUCUUACUACUCUGGAAUCUAUCUGGAUACUGUUUUUAUUUUAUUUUAUUUUUCCGAGUUCUUGUUCACUACGAUGACCAAUCUUUUCAUGUUUUUAAGGUAAUCGUUUUGCACUGCAUCCAAAUUCUGAAACAAUUUGGAGCUUGCGAAUUUGUUCUCGAGAGGACCAAAACACUGGCAUUGCUCCAGUGGAUCAUAAAGAAUCAACACAACAAACAACUUUGCUGCACCGUGAUUUUACAAACUACAAUACAUCGACUCAACAAGCCUUUUAUCCCAAACUGCCUGGGAUUACAGUAGCAUCCGUUUUGUAUCGUACACUCAAGAAUGAAGACGUAUACCACCACAAGAGCAACAACUGGUGAUCCAGGUCAGCAUGGAAAAAAGAGCUGGAGUCCCAGGCCAAGUGAGUGACUAGCAUGUUGCCUCUUGCCUUGUCAGCUGGGAAAGAAUCCUUGCAUCUGCACAAAUUUCCCAGAGAAGUAGUUCGAGGGAGCGUUCUGUUUUGAUGAUUGCCGAAAUCUUGCCUUCUACAAACUGAAAAAACCAGCCCAAAAACUAGGACGGCGAGUUAUCUCGCAAUUUGGCCCUGGCGAAAAAUACUCCUGCUAAUAAACCUACAUGUUGAAGUGUUCGAAACUGUUAGUGAUGUAUGAUACAUAGUAUGAUAACAGUACCUUUACUCAGUUGUAAAUAUAUAACCUACCAAAUAGAAUGCUCAAAGAAUUCUCCAUGCUUGUACGGACUUUGAAGAGAACCAUUCCGGCAAUAGAAAGAGGAAUCUUAUUUAGGGAGUCCACAAGGCUGUAUCAAAAGCAAUAUUGGCAUCAAAUGCACAUCAAGAUAGAAUAAGCAAUCUUAUUUAGGGCGCCCACAAGGCUGUAUUAGAAGCAAUAUUGGCAUCAGAUGCACAUGAAGAUAGAUAAGACAUAAACAGCAAGCAUGUAGAAAAGCAAGCACAAUGCCUAAUAAUGUAGAGAUCCUUGAUUGAUUGGUUAGCUUAUUUAGUGAAGCCGGAACGGUUUAUAUAGAAACAUGUGUGUGUUCACAUUUAUAUUUCAAAAUUCAAAUGCAUUAGGUACC